AUGACGCUGCCACCUUGUGCAGAUAGGGUUCUGCAGGAGGUUUUAGAUGAACAUAAGAUCAGUCUGAGGAAGAGAUGUGAAUGUGUGACUGAAGGAACUGAUGAAACAGGAAGUGGAACCCUCCUUAACAGGAUCUACACUGAGCUCUACAUCACAGAGGGACAGAGUGAAGAGGUUAAUACCCAACAUGAGGUGAGGCAGCUUGAGACAGCUUCCAAGAAGAAGAUCCUCCAUGACGCUCCAAUCAAGUGCCACGACAUCUUUAAAGUCUUACCUGACCAACAGGGACACAUCAGAGUCGUUCUGACAAACGGCGUCGCUGGCGUUGGAAAAACCUUCUCAGUGCAGAAGUUCACUCUGGACUGGGCAGAGGGCUUGGAAAACCAAGAUGUCAGUCUGGUGAUUCUGCUUUCGUUCAGGGAGCUGAACUUGAUCAGAGAUGAGCAGUACAGUCUUCUCAUGCUGCUCCAUGUUUUCCAUCCAACAUUACAGAAGGUCACAGCAGAGAAGCUCGCUGACUGUAAAGUUCUGUUCAUCUUUGACGGCCUGGAUGAAAGCAGACUUUCACUGGAUUUCAAGAACAAUGAGGUUGUGUCUGAUGUCACCCAGAAGUCAUCAGUCAACGUGCUGUUGACAAACCUCAUCCAGGGGAAUCUGCUUCCCUCAGCUCUCGUCUGGAUAACUUCCCGACCUGCAGCAGCCAAUCAGAUCCCUCCUGCAUGUGUUGACAGGGUAACAGAGGUACGAGGCUUCACUGACGCCCAGAAGGAGGAGUACUUCAGGAGGAGAGUCAGUGAUGAAGAGCAGUCCAGCAGAAUCAUCUCCCACAUCAAGACAUCCAGGAGCCUCCACAUCAUGUGUCUAAUCCCAGUCUUCUGCUGGAUCACUGCUACAGUUCUGGACCACAUGUUGACUACAAACCAGAGAGGAGAGCUGCCCAAGACCCUGACUGACAUGUACUCACACUUCCUGUUGGUUCAGACAAAGAGGAAGAAGCAGAAGUAUGAUGAGGGACAUGAGACGAGUCCACAGGAGCUGACGGAGGCUGACAGGGAAGUUCUUCUGAAGCUGGGGAGGCUUGCGUUUGAACAUCUGGAGAAAGGAAACAUCAUGUUCUACCAAGAAGACCUGGAGCGGUGUGGUCUUGAUGUCACAGAGGCCUCAGUGUACUCAGGAGUUUGUACAGAGAUCUUCAAAAGAGAGUGUGUGAUCUUCCAGAAAACAGUCUACUGCUUUGUUCACCUGAGCAUUCAUGAGUUUCUGGCUGCAGUCUACAUGUUCCACUGUUACACAGACAGCAACACAGAGGUACUGAAGGACUUCCUGGGAGAAGACUACAAGCACAGAGAUCGUGGCCCAUCUCUGGAUGUCUUCCUGAAGAGAGCCAUGGAGAAAUCCCUUGAAAGUAAAAGUGGCCACCUGGACCUGUUUGUUCGCUUCCUUCAUGGCCUCUCUCUGAAGUCCAACCAGACACUCUUAGGAGGUCUGCUGGGUCGGACAAAGAGCAGUUCAGGAAGCAUCCAGAGAGUCAUCAAUAACCUGAAGGAGAUGAACAGAGAUAAUACCUCUCCUGAAAGAAGCAUCAACAUCUUCCACUGUCUGACGGAGAUGAACGACCACUCGGUACAUCAGGAGAUCCAAGAGUUCCUGAAGUCAGAGGACAGAUCAAAGAAGAAACUCUCUGAUAUCCACUGCUCAGCUCUGGCCUACAUGAUGCAGAUGUCCGAAGAGGUUCUGGAUGAGUUGGACCUGAAGAAGUACAACACAACAGAUGAGGGACGACUGAGACUGAUUCCAGCUGUGAGGAACUGCAGAAAAGCUCAACUUUCUCGCUGUGGACUCUCAGCUACUCACUGUGAAGUUGUGGCCUCAGCUCUGAAGUCCAACCCCUCCCAUCUGAGAGAGCUGGAUCUGAGUGACAACAACCUGCAGGAUUCAGGAGUGAAGCUGCUCUCUGCUGGACUGAAGAGUCCAAACUGUAGACUGGAUUCUCUGAGAUUGUGGGACUGCAGUUUGUCAGAGAUCAGCUGUGCUUCUCUGGUCUCAGCUCUGAAGUCCAAACCCUCCCAUCUGAGAGAGCUGGAGCUGAGUGACAACAACCUGCAGGAUUCAGGAGUGAAGCUGCUGUCUGGUUUUCUGGAGAGUCCACACUGUAGACUGGAGACUCUGAGAUUGAGGGGCUGCAGUUUGUCAGAGAUCAGCUGUACUUCUCUGGCCUCAGCUCUGAAGUCCAACCCCUCCCAUCUGAGAGAGCUGGAUCUGAGUGGAAACAAGCUGCAGGAUUCAGAUGUGAAGCUCAUGUGUGGUUUUCUGGAGAGUCCAAACUGUAGACUGGAGACUCUGAGAUUUAGGGACUGCAGUUUGUCAGAGAUCAGCUGUGCUUCUCUGGCCUCAGCUCAGAAGACCAACCCCUCCCAUCUGAGAGCGCUGGAUCUGAGCUUCAACAACCUGCAGAAUUCAGGAGUGAAGCUCCUGUGUGGUUUUCUGGAGAGUCCACACUGUAGACUGGAGACUCUGAAAUUGAGGAAAUGCUGGUUGUCAAAGAUCAGUUGUGCUUCUCUGGCCUCAGCUCUGAAGUCCAACCCCUCCCAUCUGAGAGAGCUGGAUCUGAGCCUCAACGAGCUGCAGGAUUCAGGAGUGAAGCCCCUGUGUGGUUUUCUGAAGAGUCCACACUGUAGACUGGAGACUCUGAGAUUGAGGGGCUGCAGGUUGUCAAAGAAAAGCUGUGCUUCUCUGGCUUCAGCUCUGAAGUCCAACCCCUCCCGUCUGAGAGAGCUGGAUCUGAGAGACAACAAGCUGCAGGAUUCAGGAGUGAAGCUGCUGUCUGAUCUUAUGAAGAGUCCAAACUGUAGACUGGAGACUCUGAGGACCGACAUAGAUGAGUCCAUCAGAGCUGACGGACACGGUCACAAAUAUCCAAGAAUGGAAAUUCCUCAGAGGAAUGUCCCAGCAGAGGACAGCGUCCCAGCAGAGGACAGCGUCCCAGCAGAGGACAGCGUCCAAGCAGGGGGCAGCGUCCCACCAGAAGACAGCGUCCCAGCAGAGGACAGCAUCCCUGCAGAGAAGAGGCUGCAUUUGCUUCGAAAGCAGUUAGUAGAGGGAAUGUCUGAUCCUAAUCUGAAUAAGCUUCUGGAUGAACUCCUUCACUAUCACGUUAUAAACGAUGGUGAAAUGCAGUCGAUCAGAACAAAUGACAGGGAAGAGAAAGCACGACAACUGAUCGACACGGUAAAAAGAAAGGGAACUGAAGCCAGCAAAGUUCUGAUCGAUGCUCUCCCUGAGGUGGAUCCAUACUUUUCCAGAAAGCUGAACUUAAGCUGAAGCAAAAGAAAGAAACUGUGGAGUGUGAUGAUGGAUGUCUAUAAUAGCUGGCUGUUUUAGAGACUUAUAUUACUAAUGUUAUCUUUGAAUGAGAAAUUCCAUCGUUGAAGCCUGUGUGGACUUUCACUCUGAAGGUGAUUCACUGAAGUUUGGGGGAAAAAAGUGAAUUAUUUUUCAAGCUCUUGUGGUUUGGUUUCAAGAUUUUAUAAUCAUUUACUUGGGAUAACUACCGAUGUGUUGUUGCGAUGAAGAGCUGCAAUAGAGAGCUUGUGACUUACGGUUGUCGUAUGUAUGGUCUAAUGUCUAUCGCCUACUGAUUUAUUUCAAGGUUAUCCAUAGGGCCUAUGCUGUGCCUUACUGACGUUGUAAAAUGUGUCUAGUUACUUUGCAUAUCUGUACUUUUAGUUCUGUUAAUGCUCUAGGGACAUUUCUAUAUGUUUUGGGAUUUUCAAAAGGGUCCCUUGACCUCUGACCUCCAGAUAUGUGAAUGUAAAUGGGUUGUAUGGGUACCCACGAGUCUCCCCUUUACAGACAUGCCCACUUUAUGAU